AUGUCUUCGUUCCAGCAGAAUUUCGGACGUCGACAUCUGUCACCAGAUACAGCAAGGUCAUUGGGCCUUAAUGAAUAUGGAAACCCCAGACUGGACGAUUUUUCAACUCCUUUCGCAUGCGCUCUAUUAGAUGAGGUGCCCGUUCGAGAUGUCAAAUGGCGCUCCACCGAGAAGAUGAAGGUUCGAACCUACGCAAACAAACUGGCUGCUCUCGCCUACCAAGUUGGAAUCGAAGUGGGCUCUCCAUGCGACUGCUGUCAAAAAUUAACAGGUCCCUUUGCUACUUGUGUGGUUGUCAUUACGAAGUCCAAUAAGCUGUUAUGGGAGGGGGCUUGCGCAUCAUGCGCAUACCUCAGCAGAAUGAAGUCUUGUUCUUUCCGGACUUAUGGAGCUUUGCCCCGGGAAAUAUUGGCUCGGCUUUCACGGAUUCAGUCGGAUGAUCCUCGCCUUGAAGAUUACGAGGGCGCAUCUGAGGCUGAUUCCGAAGCAGCUUCUGCUUCUGCAGAGUCUUCCUCAUAUGAUUGGACACCUGGUUCUCCUGGACCUUCCUCGGAAGUUGCUGCUCGCCUUGAAUCAAAUAAUCAAUUUCCAAGAAGAACUACCAUGGAGAUAGAUGUCGCACUUUCCCCAGCAGGCCCUGCUCACCUUGAGGUAUCUGCCACAGAAACCCCAGUCUCAUCGGAAGCUGCUCGUAUCAAGGUGUCUUCCUCAAGUAAUGCAUCACCAAAUUUGACUUCCGGAAAUGCAUAUUUCGUUGCAAUUGCUGAUGACCUCGGAACGUCUUCGAACAAUCCGCUACCGUUUCUUUCGCCGCGUCCUACCACUGAUAAUUCCAUGACCACCCCCUUCCAACCUAUUUUUGCAUCAUCCUCGCGAACUGUUCGUACUUCCGCGGGUCCUGAUUAUCCCGACACUUGGUAUAAAUCCCCGCUUGAUGAUCACAAGGUAUAUACCGCCGCAAAUCGCGGGGAUAUAAAACCAUUAAUGGAGGCGUACAAGGCUAUGUCAGUCAUAGAAGAGCGACUGAAGUAUGAUCGUCGCCGCAUCGAACGUACUCUGAUCCAAAAGGGGGCAUUGGUCGAAAGAGACAUAAGGGAGCUUGAGGAGCGAAACCCUUGGGCUGAGGACGAUGAUGAACCUCGCAAUUCUAGGUUUGAAGAGCGCUUUCCUGAUCGUCAUAAACGUCGCCGUUACUUCUAG